AUGAGCAAAAAAGCAAAAACCACACCAAAGGAAGAAUUACCACCAGGAUCAUUAUUAAAAGAUAUUAAAGGUGUCGAAUGGGAAAUUCAAAAUAUAAUUGGUAGUGGAGGAUUUGGAUAUGUUUAUUGUGGAACUAAACAUAAGUGUAGAACAAAAACAGAAUAUGCAAUAAAAACGGAAAAUAUGGAAAGUGGACCCCUAUUUGUAGAACGAAUGUUUUAUCUCAAAAACGUGAAGGAAGAAGAUGUUAAAAAAUGGGUGACAAUCAAAAAGUUGAAAGAAUUACCACUGCCAAGAUUCUAUGGUUUUGGAAGCACUAUUCACAAUGGCAACAAAUAUAGGUUUAUAGUAAUUGAAAAGUUUGAUAAAGAUUUGGAGGCAUUUCUUCAAACUAUUUCAGAUAGUUUACUACUAGGUGCUGUCAUUAACAUUGUUCGACAAAUUGUUGAUGCUUUAGAGUUCAUACAUGAAUGUGGAUAUGUUCAUUGGGACAUCAAAUGUCAAAAUAUAUUUAUUGGGAAAAAGCCGAAAAAUAAUCAUGUGUAUUUAGGAGAUUUUGGUAUGGUAACUAAGUAUAAGACUGAAGAUGUUAAGCCAGAUAAGAAAUGUGCCAAUAAUGGUACACUAAACUAUAUAGCUAUAGAUGGCCACCUUGGAAUGCAUACACGACGUGGUGAUCUGGAGAGUUUAAUGUACAAUGGUUUGGAAUGGUUAAAAUUAAAAUUACCAUGGAAAAACUCAACAUUGCCAAAAACUAUUAAAUCUAAAAAUGAAAUGAAAGAUGCAAUUUUAACUGCAGAGCCAAAUAAAAAAAUUUAUGAUUUCAAUAAUGUACCAAAUUGUUAUUUUGAAGCUAUGCGUUUGAUAUAUAAUCUGGAACCUGCGGAAAAGCCAGAUUAUGCUUUGUUGAAAAAGCUAUUAAAGCAGUAUAAAACAGAGAAGUUAAGGUGA